ACGCGGCACCCAUCAGCAUCUCCCCGUUGCGAUAUCCUCCACCCGCCUUUGUUGAUCUGGACCCUUCUCAUUUCCCAAGAUACCUUUGCUACUUAUUUCCCCUCAUUUACUGUGCUACGUCUGUCGAUCAUUACAAGGUGUUCUCUACCCAGUUGUCGAUCUCUUAUUAUUCUCGGAAUUCCAUUACCCCUCCGCCGUCAGAGGCCGUCCUCCGGAUGCUGGCAUCUUUUUGUAUGCGCCUUUCUUAGACAUCCCCCGUGCAGCGUCUUACUAGCUACCCUGAGACUCUCAGCUUCAUUCCUUUAAAUAAUAAGUGUCUCGGUAUUUGCUGUUCAAAUGGGCAACAAUCCUUCCAAGGGCCCGGCCGGAGACGCCCAAACCCCCUCGGGUCACUCGGGCCUAACGGCACCCGCGAGUGACAAAAGGGUACAUCGUCGACCUUCGGUCAAUGCUUCAUCGGGUACCACUAAGGCUUCCGCAGCCGAUCCUCCGGCCACCAGAGAGACCGCAAAGGGUUAUCCAACAUCGCAAAGCCACCAUUCGGUUCAACAACGCCUACAAUCCCGCAAUGUCGCCGACUCCGCAACAAGAACCGCAGAUCGUCCGACUCCCAAAAAAGCAGACCUUCGCGAUGGUGACAUCCCCUCGCCUGACCCUUCUAACCCAGUACAAGUUCCUGUUUCUCGAGCCACUGCUACGAACGACCCCAUGGCGCCCUCUGGGGCGCCGCCAAAUGUAUAUUACAGCGCCUCCGUUCAUCUUCAGCGCCCUCCGCGAAUGCCGCUACCCAUUGGCGAUGCUACAGCUGUUGGUCGAGAAGAUGGUUAUAUGGAGUCGCUGCCCGUCGACCAGCUUUUGGACGAAAAUAUUGAGCAAAGGCACCCGAGUCAAGGAAGCACCACUGUGGAGGAUGAUGAGAUAUUGGACGAGCUUCAGCCUUUUACGCCUAGCGGAGUGGGAAGGGCAGUGCCAACUACCAUUGAGUGGACUGGCCCUGGAGACAAGGUCUAUGUAACUGGAACAUUCGUGAAUUGGGAAAAGAAGUUCCGUCUACACAGAAGUGAGAACAACCCAGGCGUCAUGUCAGCUAGAUUGAAUCUCCGUCCGGGUACCCAUCAUCUUAAAUUUAUUGUCGACAACGAAAUGCGGGCUUCUGAUACUCUUCCGACGGCGGUGGACUUCACGAAUCACUUGGUCAACUAUAUCGAGAUCAGUGCCGAUGAUAUUAAUCGGGGGCGGAGAGAGAGCGACAAGGGCUCGGUUCCCCCGGGUAUUCGUCCACCUCAGGUCCUACCUGACCCUGCCACUCCCGAUCAGGAGGGUGGUUCCACCGUGGAUGAUCAAUCUGAUAAAGAAGAGCCGGAGGAGGAGAUACCUCUUGGUGAUUUCCGCGGUAUCAUUCCCCAGUUUCUUCUCGACCUGGACAAAGAAGAGGAAGCGCCUGAGUAUCAGCAAGCUGUCAAUAUAGUGGGGGAUGCUCCAACGCCACCAAGUCUACCACUUUUCCUUGGGAAGUCCAUCCUGAACGGCACUACACCGAUGAAGGAUGAUAGCAGUGUAUUGAACUAUCCCAACCACACGGUGCUAAACCAUCUUGCUACAAGCAGCAUCAAGAACGGUGUUUUGGCCACGAGUGUGACAACUAGGUACAAGCGAAAGUAUGUUACGACAAUUUUGUACAAGCCUACAGGAGAUAUCUCGGAGUAACUACAGAUAGAAUCGAUUCCUUUACUGCUCUCUCCACUGCAUGGCCCGGACAGUGUGAGUAUUGACUCG